AACAUAACCUUUUCCAGUAAUUCCUCUUCUUUCUAUCUUUCCUCCACAAAAACCCCUCUUUAAGCUGGGAGCCACGCGAUCCUGACCUUCCAAUUGCUGAUGACCACCCCCUUCAUCUCCAUCAUCGUCGAUUCCCAAGGAUUUUUGAAGAAUCGCUGACUGUACAAUUCCUACAACCGUUCUCUUCUUGAAUUUCAAUAUCGUCGUUGAGUUCCCAUUGCAGAUAACCAUCUAUUAUCACUGUACGUGGUCUGGGGAUCUCAAGCCUUUGUCACAAUCAUGUUCAGCCUUCGAAUCCACUCGAUUGAAAAGAGGCCCCUCACUGCCGAAGGUAGCGCAAGCAACCACCACCAAGAACAUUCCUUCAACUCUAAAUUCCAUGAGACCAGAGGCAUUAUCCACCUCUACCGCAACGUCUCCCACCAUCCUCAACAAUCCCUUCCAGCCGGACGGAGCACUCUUCUCUUUGUUAUUGCCAUCCCAAACCGAAUGUCCACUGAAGAUUUCCUACACUUCUGUGGUUCUUAUGUUGAUCGCAUCUUGGAAAUUCAUGUUAUCAGAAACGAUGGGAUGGAUGACCGCUACAGUAUGUUGAUUCAGCUGGAUGACCAAAAGAGUGCAGACAACUUCUAUUGCAGUCUCAGUGGAAGGCGUUUUUCAUCCACAGAGGCAGAGGUUUGCCAUAUUCUGUUUACUGCCAGUGUGGAAUACACAGAAUCAGCUGAGAUCGCAAGCACUCCUCCGACUGGAUCUACGGAAUUACCAACAUGUCCUGUUUGCAUUGAGAGACUGGACCAGGACACAAGUGGGAUUCUGACAACACUUUGCGACCAUUCUUUUCACUGUUCAUGCAUUUCGAAAUGGACAGAUUCAUCUUGCCCGGUGUGUCGAUUUUGUCAACAGCAGCCUGAGAAACCAACAUGCUCUGUUUGUGAAACAUCAGAAAAUCUCUGGAUCUGUGUGAUCUGUGGCUUUGUUGGAUGUGGAAGAUAUAAAGAAGGUCAUGCAAUCAGGCACUGGAAAGAUACUCAGCACUGCUAUUCUCUCGAUUUGGAAACACAACGAGUAUGGGAUUAUGUUGGUGACACUUACGUUCACCGAUUAAAUCAGUCAAAAGCUGAUGGCAAGUUGGUUGAGUUGAACUCCCACUGCACAUCUAUUGGUGAUGAUUAUGGCACUUGCGAAUAUAGUGAGGAUUCUGGAAUUAGUGGAGCUCUGUUUAGCAGUAAAGCCGAUGCUAUUGUAGAUGAGUACAACCAUUUGCUUGCAAGCCAGCUUGAGAAUCAGAGACAGUAUUAUGAGUCCCUUCUUGUUGAGGCAAAAGGAAAAAGGGAGAAGUCCAUUGCCGAAGCUGUGGAGAAGGCUUUGGAUUCAAAGCUGCAUAAUAUUCAACAUAAACUUGAAAAGUGUAUUGAGGAAAAAACUUUUGUUUCCAAUAUCAAUGAGAAUCUUAUGAAGAAUCAGGAUCUCUGGCGGAAAAAGAUAAAGGAAAUUGAAGAGAGGGAGAAAGCAGCACUGAGGUUGAGGGAUGAAAAGAUAGUCGAUCUGGAAGAACAGAUUAGAGAUCUUAUGGUCUACAUUGAGGCCCAGAAAACGCUUGAUAACAUGACAGAUGCUGAUGAUAUCAAAGGUGGGACACUGUUACCAAUCCCAUUGCAUCAAUCACCUUCAUCCAAUGCCAAAAAGCCUGCGAAGAUGAAUCGGAGGAGGAAUUAACAGCAUGUCAGUGUUUCUGUACAGAGCACCUAAAAUAUGCAGAGAUCGGUGGGACUUCACCAUUACACUGCUGAACCCAAACGGUCAUGGUAGCAUAGAAAAUGCCUGUAAAUUUUCAGAUUCUUAAAUCCUCCAAACUAUUCUGAAGCUGGCUCUGUUAACCGAACCCAAGUUGGACAGCCCCGAUUCCAUAUAGGUUGGACUCAUGGUUUAGUUAUCCGGAUCUUUGAUCCGAUUGGCCAAUCAUAAAUGGGCCAUGCUGUAAAUCAAAAUGAAUAGAAGAUCACAGCCGUUUGACCUUCUACAUUUUCUUUAUGUUGAAUUGCAACCAUUUCCCUACUGUACUUCUACCUCUGUAAUUGCAAGGUUAGAAUGGUUCCAUUGCAGAUAUUUUCGGGGCAUGAUUCCAUCUAAGAGUUGUGCCAAAUUCGAUCAACAGUCUUAAUAAUGAGAAAGACUCUGAUGAAGAAGAUGAAGGUCA